UACAAGCUGAAUAACGCGGUGUAUACACAACAUUUGUUGGAUAAAACGCUAGAUGAUCAUUUGAAAUAGCAAGAAUUUUCGACAGUGUCCGAAAUGAGUCAUUCUGCAUGAUGAUAUUGAGGAAGUACGCAAAUCCUAGUACAAACUGAUGAACACGGAUGCAAUGCAAUAACAUUUGUAAUUGUAUUUCCAACACACGUUCUUGCUUCUACAUUCAAGACUAGAUAUUAAUAUCCAGGUACGAUUUGAAAACCCGAAAAUGUCUGAUCAAACAUGGAUCAACGAAGAGGAGAAGUUCCAUCAAAAAUUGAAUGAUAUUGAAAUACCAUAUAAACCUUGUAUGACUGUCACGGUAACAGUGGUCCAAGGAAGAAAAAUAUCACUCGGAUGCCUACACGAUUUAUUUGACACUCCCGACACAAAAGUAUAUCUUCGAUGUGAAAAUGCAAUUGGAAAAACAAAAUUCAAAACAAAAACGGUAUGGAACUCACAUAACCCAAUAUGGCAAGAAUCGUUCACCUUCGUUUUUUCAACCUCCGAGGCCGCGAAUUCUGUGAUCGACGUUGAUAUAUAUGAAGAAGAUAAAUUCAAAUGCGAUUCUCAUUUUGGCGUUGGACGUUUGAAACUAAGUCAACUUAUUGUAGGUGAACCAAAACAAGUUACUCUCGACUGGGGGAGUAACGGAAAAGUUGAUUUUUCACUUCUGAAACAAUGGAGAAAUUCCCCAGAUUUUCGGUUAUCUUUGGGAUUAUCAAUAGAAGAAAGACAAUAUAGAAUUAAAAGAAAACCUAAAACGAUGAAAGCAAUUCAGAAUUUUCUUGGAGUGGAACUUGGGCCCGCGUCAUUGAAAGAGACUCCGACAGUCGCUGUAGCAAUAGCUGGAGGAGGCUAUCGCGCUGUGGCGACAGCUUGUGGGGCAAUGGAAGCAAUUUCAGAAAUGGGAUUACUCGACUCUAUUAUGUAUAUUGCGGGUCUCUCUGGAUCUGCGUGGUACGUAUCUUCUUCUUUCCUUCAUGGUUCGAUGAACAAUCUUCAAAAUCUUAUCGAACAUCACGACUGGUUACGUGAACAAAUGGAAGAAAGCCUAACCUUGCGUUUGUUCGAUAUAUCUUUUUAUAAACGCUGCAGAAAAUACCGGGAAUUUAAAUUAGAACAUUAUCAGCCAACGACACUUGUAGACUAUUACGGUAUUGCUCUUGGAGAAACGUUUUUAGGAAUUGAAAACAGCUCAACACAGUUUUCAUCAUUGAGGAAAUAUCUUGAAACGGCUGAUGUUCCAUUUCCAAUUUUAUCGUGUGCUCACGUGCGUAAUCGUCUUCCGAUGUCUGAAUUUUGGGAUGAGGUUGAAAUGACACCUUACGAAGUUUCGUUUCCGAGUUACGGGAUUAAUAUUCCGACUGAACAAUUCAAUUCAAGAUGGGGUAACGGUAUAUUACAACAAAGUUUACCAGAACCACCAUUGCACUACAUGAUGGCCGCCAGUGGAAGUGCGUUUGCUAUCAUGUGGAGCAAAAAAUCUGACAGAACCGAGACAAGAGAGGAUAUCAGAGAAUACAUAAAUAAUCUACAAGAAAGUCAUCACGAGAGAAUCGAGUUUAGUGAAUUUGAUGAAUCAAGUGAUGAGGACAAUGAUGAUGAAAUUGAAAGUGUAUCCGUAACAUCUAAAGCUAUGAAGAACUUUGCUUCGCCCGAUGAUAAAUGGAUCGAAAUUUUGCAGCGGAGAGCAUUUGCAAGAAAAAAAUCUGAUAGAAAGCGAGAAUCACAGUUUGACCGUAUUGGCCGUGGUCUUAUUCUAGACAGAACUGCCAGAAUAAAAAAUUGCGCAGCAGAUUUCAGAGGGCUUCAAAAGUAUCGGUUGAACACUGAUCUUAUUGUCCCAAGCCAAAACAUCACCGCCUCAGAGAGAAUAUUACGAAAGAUCUCAACGAAAAAAUCUAGCAUAUCUUUGUGUGAUUCAGCUUUGGGGUGUAAUUUACCAUCAAUACAUGCACUUCGGCCACAGAGAAGAGUUGAUGUUUUAAUUGUCGUUGAUUGUGGAAAUUAUUUGAACGAAAAUGAACUGUCUUUUGAGCUUUUCGCAACGGUGCAAGCUCAAGCACACGACCAUGGAAUAAAAUUUCCAAGAAUAAGUAUGGAAAAAAUUGCAGAAGACCCUUUCAGAGAAUGUUAUCUUUUUGAAGAUGAAGAAGAUACGGAAUGUCCUGUUGUUCUCUGGUUUACGUUAGCCAACAGAAAAUUUAAAACGCAAAAUUCUCCACAUAGACGACCGGGAUAUCCCACGCCCGACGACGUUGAUUCGGGAAAAGAAAUUUUCAACGACUUCUGUAUAUUUCCCGAAAAUUCGGAAUUUGGAACAUUGAGAUUGCACUUUAGUUCACUCAAUUUUGAUCGUUUGAGAGAGCUGAUGAGAUUUAAUAUACUGGAAAAUGACAAAGUGCUGAGAGAAAAAAUAGCAUCCAAGGUGGGACAACUGAAACAACGCGAUAAAAUAACUUCAUCGACUUAACGCGUAAACCCAAAUAACAUAUCUCAUUCAGUGAUCAAGAUAUAGCAAUUUGGGGUUAAAAGGAUAACGACUUUAAAUACGUAUAUUGAUAUUG